AUGUAUGGUUGUUUGGCGCUGAAAUACGAGUCUUUGCUUUUGCGGGAAGUCAAGUCUUCAGAUUGCCAAUUUCUACAAGUUUCAUGUAUGGAAUGGCUAAAUUUCGCUGAGCGCUUGCUUGAUAAUGGCUUUUAUCCUAUUGCUAGACAGGCAUGUGAAAACGCUUUGUUGCACAUUAAAAAGGAUGAUGGUGAAUUCUCCGGAAACAAAAGAAUAAAAAGACUCAGGGACCAUGCUGUCAUAUGCGCAGCUUCUGGUUCUGUCCAGGCUCUGGCAACAGAAUACUUGAAAAGGAAAACAAUUGAGAAGAGCAACAUAUCUUCUCCAAUUAGUAAAGAAGCGCAAUGUAUGGCUAGCUCUCUGUUCCGAAAUGGAAUCAAGAAGCGAAAUGUACGACAAUUGCUUGAAUCCCAACGUACGCGUGUACCAGAAAUUUUUAAGUUCACUGCCCCCUGAAACGAUCAUGUGGAUGACGCUAUGCUACUCAUAAAUGAAUGAGCUAAUUCUCUUUAACCAAAAGAAUGUAUGCUUGGAUUCGCUCACCACAUUGAUCAGGUUAGCUGUAAUAAAAUUGUGAAUUAUUGUUUUGCAUAAUUUGGUCAGGAACGGCCACCCAAUUAAGAGCAGUGUUUGACAUGGAAGAAUAUGGUAGUCAUUGAUGUCCCGUUUUGCGUAUAUCAUGCUUCCUUUGAUUUAGACUAGCCAUGCCAAGGUCUGAUAAAGAUAAUUAGCAUUACUGGAGCAUUUGCUUGAUCAUAUGAAUGUAAUGAAAUAAAUUCCUAGUGAUAACCUGAGCCCAUCUUGGAGAGAACUUGAUUGCAAUUAUUAUUCC